UGAUUGGUUAUGAAGUAGCUCCCUCCUCGCUCCGCUGCUGGUGGACAUCGGGCCUUUCAGGAUGCGCAGUCGCAAUCAAUGUUUAUUGCUGCAGAGUAGCUCGAUGCAAUUGAAAAUAAUUGAACUUUUAUACGAUUGAAAAGAUUUUCUGUAAUUCAGACAUGAAAAAGUUGGCCUGCUAUGGUCCCCGACGAAUCAUCGUCCGAGAAGAUUUUCGUAAGAAUGAGAUGCAAGCAAAUUGAAGGUUCCGGUGCCAUGGUAUCAUUCAUUUUUCUUCCUUCAUAUCGGCCAUGAAUUCAUAUUAAUCCAUAAUGUGAGACGAGAUUGUGUAAAGUUACCGUUUUGGUAUUUGAUCUCUUAUCAGUACUGCUGGAAACGAUGAGUUCGAAGAAAAACAAUUUUGAAGCAUGGGACUCGGUUAUCCCUUUGCCAAAAUUGAGCGGUUUCUCAGCAGUCGUUGUGGUUAGUAUCGCCGCAUUCAUUUCGUUCUCGAAUUCGUUGAAUGGAGCAUUCGUUUUUGAUGAUCACGAAGCGGUUAUAAAUAAUAAAGAUGUCACUUCUCCAGAUGUCGAGUGGUACGAAGUUUUUUUUCACGAUUUUUGGGGAACUUCGAUCACUCAUACUGCUAGUCACAAAUCGUAUAGGCCUCUGACAAUACUAACAUUCCGAUUCUUACAUCGUAUUAGCGAUCACAAACUAAAUCCAUACGUAUUUCAUUGUUUCAAUUUAAUUCUGCAUAUGGUGAUAUCGUGUUUGACGUUUGUAGUAUACAGUAUUUUAUUUGAAAUGAAGUGUCCCAGAAGCUCGUUGUUUUGCGCGUUAUUAUUUGCUAUUCAUCCUGUUCAUACAGAAUCGGUGGCUGGAAUUGUCGGUCAAGCGGAAUUACUUAGCGCAUUUUUCGCAUUUUUGUCUUUCAUUAUAUACUAUCAUGGUUGUACCUUCGAGCGAUCUCUAUUUUCUACCCUCGUACAUACGUCAAUGAGUUGUGUAUCUAGUAUCAUUGCGAUGUUAUGUAAAGAACAAGGCAUUACCAUUAUUGGUGUGAUCAGUAUUUACGACAUCGUAAUUGUGAAUAAGCUGACCGUAGGAAGAAUCCGAGACAUGGUGACGCUGGUGCGGAAAUCGUCUGCUUCCAAAAAUGUAUCAAAUUUUAUUCGGUUCGACUUGUGGGAGAACCAUGGUUCGAAAACGGCGUCGAAAAUUUCUAGUAAAAGUUGCAGCGUUGGAGCUUCGCUACGUACGUGGUCAUUAGCUAGCCUAAUUAUCAGACAUAUGGUACUAGCCACGAUGACCGGCGCAGCGUUGUAUACUAGAUGGUGGCUUAUGGGAUCUACGUUACCAAAAUUUCAAAAAAUAGAUAAUCCCGCUUCGUUUGAGGAAAAUUUUUUUACCCGAGUUUUAAAUUACAAUUAUAUUUAUCUUCUUAACAUUUGGAUUUUAAUGUGUCCGGAAUGGCUGUGCUUUGACUGGUCGAUGGGAUGUAUACCUUUGAUCAAUUUAAACGCCAAGAUAUUGGAUUAUCGAAUUAUUUUCAUCGUCAUAUUUUGGUUGGCUCUGAGCGCAUUAUUAUUCAGCAUGUACAGAAGUGAUGGAAUCACACAGCGAAUUUUGAUUACCGGCGUUUCCUCGAUGUUUAUUUUAUUCUCUCCCGCGUCCAAUAUUUUUUUCAAGGUUGGCUUCGUUAUUGCCGAGAGAGUAUUGUAUUUGCCUUCUUUCGGUUAUUUUCUAAUUAUUGUCGCAGGAUUGCAAAGAUUUUCAAUGAUAUUUCGUAAUUUAAGUAAAAUAAUUUCUUUCGAUUUUCAGAUCAUACGAGCGUCAACUCUGUUCAUGUUGAUUGUUCUCAUGUUACGCUCUAUUCACAGAACUAGUGACUGGUUAAAUGAAAGAAAGCUGUUCGAAAGUGCUUUAUCAGUCUGUCCCUUGAACGCUAAAGUGCAUUAUAAUUUGGCGAAAAAUGCUGCCGAUAGAGGAUUCAAAAAGUUUGCUAUUCAACACUAUGAAGAAGCGUUGAAUUUACAUCCUCGAUACGAUUUAGCGAUGAAUAAUUUAGCCAAUAUUUAUCGAGAUGAAGGAAAUUUCAACGCGGCGGAAAGAUUAUUAAAUAAAGCGUUGGAAAUUCGUCCGGAUUUUUCCACAGCUUGGAUGAAUUUAGGAAUCGUUUAUUCUAGUAUGGGGUCGUUAAAUGAAUCGGAAUAUUGUUAUUUGGAGGCUUUGAAAUACCGUAAGAAGUAUCCGGAUUGUUACUACAAUCUUGGCAAUUUGUACCUUGAACUUGGAAGAAAUUGUGAAGCUCUUGCAGCUUGGCGAAAUGCAACCAAGUUAAAACCGACUCAUAAAAUUGCCUGGAGUAAUUUAAUCGUAAUGUUGGAUUCAUUGGGUCGGUUGAAAGAAGCGGUAAGUGAAUCGUACAAUGCGUUGUUACAUUUACCUCUCGAACCAAAUAUUCAUUUCAAUUUAGCCAACGUGCUGGGCAAAUUAAACGAAUAUGAUAAAUCGGAGAAACAUUUCCUGAAAGCAAUAAGUUUGAAUCCGCAGCAAUCCACGUAUCUGUAUAAUUUAGGUGUAUUGUAUCAUCGAUGGAAUAGAUUUUGCAAAGCUAAACAUUAUUAUUCGGAGGCGUACCGUCUCGAUUCUUCUUCCAAAGCGAAGCAGCAAUUAGACUCUUUGAAUAAAUUAGGUAAAUUUGAGGAUUGCGCGGCGAAUUAUUUGAAUUAGGUUGUGAAGCUCGAGUCGAGAUUUUUAUUCAUUUUCAUUUUUGUAUUUCUCCUUAUGUCCAUUUAUACUGUUGCCGUAAAAAUGCUCUACGCAUUAUGAUUUUUGGUAUUACUUAAAUUCAUAAAUCUGUAUUUUGGCAAUUUUUUUUACUACCUAUUUUUACAAGUGGUAAAAAACAAAAAAUUUCGUUUCUUUUUUUAAAAGCUGUAAAAAAAGCUUUUGUGAAAAUAAUUUUGCAUACCUAUUGUAUAAUUACUUGAAGAAAGGUCGGUUAGAAAUUUUUAUAUGUAUUACCAUUUGACGAAAUCAUAUCUGUUGUUACGUGUAAGUUAUGUUAUUUUAAAAAGUUCCUUUCAUCGUUUAUACUUCGAAAUGACAUUUUACUUACGUAUUUUAAUUUUAAUUUUUUUUUGCUCUGUUUUGUUUUUGUUUAUCAAGUAUCGUGUACCUACAUUAUGUAAGUAUUUACUUUUUUUUUUAAUUUUAUACGUAAUUGAUUUACAAAACGAUUGUUUAAGAUUGCUUACAAAUUUUUUAUUGCUCGUGAUUUUUUAUUUGUUGUUUAUAUCAUUUUAAAAUAUUCAUGUUUUUGUAUCAUUUUAAAAAAAUUAUUUCAUUUUU